GGUCAAACCCCACUUCUAACAUCCGCAACUAUCUUUACUAAGCACAAACACCAACUGACCAACAGCAAUGGCUCCUGUCAAUAUGUGCAACAUUGUGAGGACCACGAAAGAUAAAAUCAAAUUGAGAAAACCAGUGGUCGAGAAGAUGCGCCGAGACCGCAUCAACAGCAGCAUCGAACAGCUCAAGUCACUCCUCAAAACCGAACUUCAAGCACACCAACCCAACUCUAAACUGGAGAAGGCUGACAUUCUCGAGACAGCUGUGUUUUACCUGAAAGACAAUAGCACGCGCCCUGCUUCUUCAUUCAACGUAGUGUCACCUGUCCAGAGCUACGCGGAGGGAUUCACCCGCUGCCUGGAGGAGACGCUGCGUUUCCUCUCAGCGCACAACCAGCCGACUGACUCGCAACAUAAACUUGUCGAUCACUUCCAUCGGGUACAGAAACUUGGUGAGAGAGUCGCGCUGAGUCCAAACCGCGCGACGGUCCCUCACAGCAGAACUCCGAAAUGUGUCACCGCAGGUGGAAGAGGGCCUUUGUGGAGACCCUGGUGAUGCGCAUAGCCUAUUUUGAGACGUUAAAUAACGAUACUUUCGAUGUCAAAACCAGAUAAUAUGUUGGUUUAGCUGCACGACCAAGUAUGAUCUCUUGUAGGAAAUAAUUAUUCCCUUUACAAUUUAUCUUUUGUUCGUAAAAGUUGAAAUUAUUGUUAUUAUUCUGUUUAGAAUGUAAAUUCCAUAUCCUGUAUUGUGCUAUUGCGCAUAUAUUUGUAACUUCACAAUUGUGAAGUAAACUAUUUUUUACAUAUUGUAAAAUAUAUUCAAGUAAAAUCUUGGUGUAUUUCUGGGAAAAGAACUCAGCCAUAUGUUGCUGAAUUGUAAUGUGUCCUGAAACAAGCUGUGAUUGGAACAUUGAUUAUCACAUUGAUAUGGAAAUAUUCCCCAAUAAAUAAAAGUAUA